UGAAUCCCCAUUCUCAACUCACACUUGAAUUCAGAAUGGGGCUUUCUACACUUCAGCCUAUCACUCUCUCGAAACUUCCCAACGUUUUCCCCUCUUUUCCUCACAGACAAACCCUUCUCACUCCCCACGCCGCACUCUUAUCUCGAUCAAUUUGCUUGAGGAAUUUAUCUGCCAGGGCAACGACAUCUGAAGAAAGAUCCAAUGGGGCUAGUCCGUUUUUCAAUGAGAAACGUGAUGGUGUCAUAACCCUGGAGGACGUUAAAGCAGAUGAUAGGAAUGAGUUCGAUAAAACGGGGAAUGAAGACACGAAGGAAGUGUUACCUGUUGAUGGAGAGGAUUUGUCGUUUAAUUUGCUGGAUAAGAUCAAUUUUGAUAAAGAUGACGCUGGUUCCGUUGUCUUGUAUGGGGCUGGUGCUAUAGUGACUCUGUGGCUAACAUCAGCUGUUAUUGGUGCAAUUGAUUCUAUUCCAUUGUUUCCCAAGUUGUUGGAAGUUGUAGGGCUUGCAUAUACAGUAUGGUUCAGUUCCCGUUAUCUUCUUUUCAAGCAAAAUAGAGAUGAACUCUCUGUUAAAAUAGAGGAGCUCAAGGAACAAAUUUUUGGUUCAGAAGACAAUUGAUUGUUCGGGUUGAUGAAAUAUUAAUUCUGGUCACUUAAAUAUGAAUGUACAGUAACAAUUACCUUUGGCUUAGUUAAAUGAUAUGAUAAUAUUUUGUCUUCCAUAAGGCACUACUAAAUUUUUGGGCUAUGUUUGGUUACACAUUUGAUAGAUGUAACCUCCAUAAGGCCUUACUAAACAAUUAGUUUAUGUUUAGUUGCACAUUUGAAAUCUGCAAUGUGUAAUCUCAUAUAGCUGCUUUCGAACGCAGUGAUUAUAUGUUUGAGAGGUUUUUUUCCCAUUUCAUUGGGUGUGAAAUAUAAGUAAAUCUUAGUUAAAAGCUA